AUGUCUAACCUCAAAGUCAUCAAAACCCUUCUCCUCUCUCUCUCUCUCAUCAUCAUCACCAAUGCCACUCACAACGAGGAUGCACACUUCAUGUUGGAACUCCGCGAACUCUUCAGCACGGACGAACGCUCCUCCCUCAACGCCUCCUUCUGCUCGUGGAGAGGCAUAUCAUGCGACAACUCCAACCGUGUCACCUCCAUCGACCUUCCUUUAAGAGCCCUCACAGGAAACCUCCCUCCAAACCUCAACUCUCUCUCUCAACUUACCUACCUCGAUCUCACCGGCAACAAUCUCUUUGGCAAUCUCCCCUCUCUCGCCAACCUCUCCAUGCUCCAAACGGCUUACCUUUGUUCCAACGGCUUCACUUUCAUCCCUCCAGGUUCCUUCCAAGGCCUUACCAGCUUGCAAAAGCUAGGCCUCAGAAACAACAUCAAUCUCCAACCCUGGUACUUUCCAACCGAUUUGAAUCAGUCUUCGAAUCUACAAAUUCUCGAUCUUUCUCUUACAAACAUGAUGGGUCCUUUGCCUGACAUAUUCCACUCAUUUCCCAAUUUGCAUACCCUUCUACUCUCUACCAACAAUAUCACCGGGGUCUUGCCUAAGUCCUUUGCACAUUCUCGAAUUUCUGAUUUGCAACUCGACAACCAGAAGUUUGGCAUGUCGGGUAAUCUUGAGGUGCUUUCGCGCAUGAACAACUUGUCCAAGGUGUUGCUGCAGAAAAAUAAAUUCCGGGGUUGUAUUCCUGAUUUGGCCAAUUGCACCUAUUUGUCUGAACUGCAUCUUAGCUACAAUGAGUUAACUGGUGUGGUUCCUCCUUCCUUGAUGCGUCUUCGUUACUUGAACUUCGUGUUUUUGGACCACAACAUGCUGCAGGGUCAGUAUCCUGUGUUUAAGGAUGGUGUGGAGGACACUCAUCAGUGGAAUAACUUUUGCAAAGAGUUCGAUCAUAAUAGAACUUGCGAUCACCGGGUUACCCUUUUUCUUGAAAUUGCUUCUGCGUUUGGGUAUCCGAUAAAGCUUUCAAAGUCGUGGAAAGGGAACGAUCCUUGUCAAAAGUGGGGUUUUGUUGAGUGUGAUGGAAAGGGUAAGAUUGUUAAAGUCAAUUUAGCCAACCAGAGGUUGAAGGGAAGAAUCUCAAACGCAUUUGCCAAUUUGACAGAUUUAACGACACUGAAUCUCAGUGGUAAUCAUUUGUAUGGUUCCAUACCACAGAGGUUGACAAAUUUGCCUCAGCUUGAGUCCUUCGAUAUCUCCAACAACAAUCUAUCUGGAGAGGUUCCUCCAUUUUCAUCAAAGGUGCAGGUAAAUGCUGCUGGCAAUGCUUGGCUUCGGAAUUCUAGUUCUUCCGGAGGCGGUGGGGAAGGAGUGACACCAAAUGGAAAUUCACCUACAUAUAAUGUUGAUAAUAGUACUUCACAUUCACUGCUUCGUUCGAUUGCAUUUGCAGGUGCUGCGGGUGGUGCUGGAAUCGCUGUAACCUGUGUUAUGAUAUUUUUUUACUCUAAGGAGUGUCUUAGCUUAGCAGAAAGGAGAAUCUGGAAGAAAACAAGGACAGGUCAUGACCACAACAUUGAGGACUUAAUAAGUACUUAUUGUUCUUUGGGGCCAAAGCGAUAUAGUUUUUCAGAUGUAAAAAGGAUGACAAACUCAUUCCGACAUAAACUAGGCCACGGAGGAUAUGGUGUUGUGUACAAAGCAAGCUUACCUGAUGGUUGUCUUGUAGCAGUAAAAGUACUGAAUGAGACAAAGGGAAGUGGAGAAGAAUUCAUAAAUGAAGUCACCAGCAUUAGUAAAACAUCACAUGUCAACAUUGUCUCGCUUUUGGGAUUUUGUUAUGAGGGGAACAAAAGAGCUCUCAUCUAUGAAUUCAUGGCCAAUGGCUCAUUAGAUAAGUUCAUAAAUAAAAAGGGAUCUCCAAACGCUAUGAGUAAUUUGGAUUGGAGCACAUUGUACAGCAUUGCAAUUGGUGUUGCUCGAGGACUACAAUACUUGCACCAAGGAUGUAAUACAAGGAUUCUGCAUCUAGAUAUUAAACCUCAAAAUAUUCUUUUGAAUGAAGAUUUUAGUCCAAAAAUAUCUGAUUUUGGACUUGCUAAAAUAUGCAAAAAGAAAGAGAGCAUUGUGUCCUUAUUGGGGACAAGAGGAACUCCAGGAUAUAUUGCACCAGAAGUAUUUUGCCGAACAUAUGGUAAAGUUUCUCACAAAUCUGAUGUAUACAGCUAUGGCAUGUUGAUUCUUGAAAUGGUUGGAGGAAAGAAGAAUGGCGAUAGUGGCGGGUCAGUUACCACUCAAAUGUAUUUCCCAGAUUGGAUCUAUAAGGAUCUUGGGGAAGGUAAUGUUCAUGCAAACAAUUUGAACAACACAGAUGAAGAAAAUGAUAUAGUAAGGAAAAUUACUUUGGUGAGUUUAUGGUGCAUUCAACCAAACCCAUUAAUUAGGCCACCAAUUAGUAAAGUAUUAGAGAUGUUAGAGGGACCAUUGCAAUCAGUGCCGCUACCUCCAAAGCCUAUCUUGUGUUCUCCUGACAGACUACCAUUCCAAUUUUCCAAAAUAUCCUCUACAACUUUGUAUGACACAAAUUCAGUAACCACGUAA